ACUGACCGUGUAUCUGAGGGAAAAUGCCCGAACCCGCCAAAUCCGCCCCAGCACCAAAGAAAGGCUCUAAGAAAGCGGUGAGUAAAACGCAGAAGAAAGAUGGGAAGAAGCGCAGGAAGAGCAGGAAGGAGAGUUACGCCAUCUACGUGUACAAAGUGCUGAAGCAGGUGCACCCUGAUACCGGCAUCUCUUCCAAGGCCAUGAGCAUCAUGAACUCCUUUGUUAACGAUGUGUUUGAGCGCAUCGCAGGGGAAGCCUCCCGCCUGGCUCAUUACAACAAGCGCUCCACCAUCACCUCCCGGGAGAUCCAGACCGCGGUCCGCCUGCUGCUGCCUGGGGAGCUGGCCAAGCACGCUGUGUCCGAGGGGACAAAGGCUGUGACUAAAUACACCAGCGCCAAGUAAUCCCCAUUCCCUGCCCCGCAACAACACAAAGGCUCUUUUCAGAGCCCCCACCUCCUCUGUACAAGGGCUGCACAGACUCUCAACUAUCCUGCUGUGAAUUCACAUUUCUUACACAGUUAAAUUUUUUUUUUUUACUAAGUUUUUUUUUUUAACCUAUAUGGGCUGUGGUUGUGUAGUUCUACUGUAUAUAAAACAUGAAGUUAUUAAACAUUACUGCAAGUUUCUCCCAA